GUAGAGGAAAUAGAAACGUUUGAUUUGUUUACGCUGGGAGGGAGAGAGAUUGCUUUCUGUCUCUGUGGAUUUUACGGUAUCGCGUCUCCUGUUGUGUUGAAGUGUUUUGUAAUAGUUUAUAGUUUUUUUGUUCGGUUUAUUACUUCCACGGAUUUCAGGGACACAGAGUCUCUUUUUUCUGUUUGAACUCAGGGCGUGGAGCGACGGAGAAGUUGAUCAUGUCAACAUGAUUGUUUACUGAGAAAAGAAAUUCCAUUUAAGUUCUGUUAAAGAUCUGCAAGAUUCGUACUCCUGGAAAAGUAACACGAGUUUGUUGUGUGAGUGUGUGUUUUUUUUUUUUUUUGAUCACACCAAAAAUAAGUGUUCAGUAUAUUUGAAUGGGACUUAUCCAGUAAAGAAAUUAUAAAUACAAACCAAAGCCGGUGUUUCUGAAACAAAAGAAGAUUCCUCUGGACCAGUCUAAAAAAAAACAAAAACGAAAAACCAGUGAAGAUGGACGUCAGUGUCUCCGUGUCGUUCUUUCAAGACGAGCUCGCCUCUACCAUCGAGCACGCAGUGAAAGCGGCUGUAGACACCGUCUUGUGCCAAAUCACAAAAGUUGUCGGCGGCAGAUUCACUGAAUUCCGAAUGGAAAUGGCUGGAAAGGAGAAAGAGAAUGAAAGUCUGAAGCUGAGACUGGAAAUAUCAGAGAGCGAGUUGAAAGCAGUGCGGGAAUGCAUGAACGCUGCAGAUGCAGACAUUAAACAACCUCUCAGAAACAUGAACCCCGACUGCAAUGAACAAGACUUUCAGAGGAACGAGAACCAGGGAUUAUUCAUCAGAGUCAAAGAUCCUGAAGAGAGACAUGCUUUCAGUAAAGAAGAGGAGGGGCCAAUGAUAGAAGCUGUUUACACAAAAGAGGAAAUCUCUGAUCAGGAGUGGUGUGGAAGUGUAAUGGAGAUUAGAGAGCUGACAUUUGUUGACAGUAAAGACGUCCCUGAAUUUGAACCUGUCCACAUUAAAGAGGAGGCCCUGGAACUGGAGUGUGUUCACAUCACAGAGGAAGUUUCUAAAAAAAAUCAAGUCAAUGUACUGGAGGAGGAUAUAGUUAAGAUGGAAUCUAGCCAUUGUGAUGAAUGCCCACCUGAAUUGGUCUGCAUGAAACCCAAUCAGCCUGUCUCUGAAGACACUGGUUCUAGUGUUGGAGAAGAGGGCACUGUGCUGGGGUCCAUUCAGAGGAAACAUCACCCCCCUCAGGAAAGAGCUGCAGAUAGAAAGGAGGAAGGAGCGAUGCCGUCCACGAGCAGCACAGCAUACCCUUGCUGGGACACACUACUGCAUUUUCAUCCAAACAAUGUUUUUGCUGCUAACGGAAAUCUCACAGGAGAGAAAUGUCAUCGCUGCACAGAGUGUGGGAAGAGAUUCAGUCAUUUAUUGUUCCUUAAAAGACACAAGCGAGUUCACACAGGAGAAAAACCUUAUCACUGCACUGAGUGUGGGAAGAGAUUCACGCAGUUAAUACAUCUUCAAUCGCACCAGCGCAUUCACACAGGAGAAAAACCUUAUCGCUGCACUGAGUGUGGGAAGAGAUUCAUACAGUUAGGAAGUCUUAAAUCACACCAGCGCAUUCACACAGGAGAGAAACCUUAUCACUGCACUGAGUGUGGGAAGAGAUUCAAACAGUUAGGACAUCUUCAAUCACACCAGCGCAUUCACACAGGAGAGAAACCUUAUCACUGUACUGAGUGUGGGAGAAGUUUCACGCGAUUAGAAAAUCUUAAAUCACACCAGCGCAUUCACACAGGAGAGAAACCUUAUCACUGCAAACAGUGUGGGAGGAGUUUCACACUGUUACAAAAUCUUAAAAGACACCAGCGCAUUCACACAGGAGAGACACCUUAUCACUGUACUGAGUGUGGGAGGGGUUUCACGUAUUUAAGUUCCCUGAAAAUCCACCAGCGGAUUCACAAAGAGAAAUCUGUAGUGAAUGUUUGAAGAGUUUCCAUCAGUUAUCAAACCUUAAAGAGGUAGUUACGAAAAAUAUAGAGUUAUACGACCCCACGUGUUGCUACAACUGUUUAAAUAACAUAUCGGUAUUUUUUCUUUUCAUUGUUAACAUCCUGAUAACUUUAAAGUCUGUUUCAAAGCUCUUUUCAAUAUGUCCACUCCAGUGCACUGGGGUUUGAGAUCUGUCCUAUAAAUCGGUGGUGCACAAACUUUUUAAAUGUCGCCCCCCUUUUUUAGCAUACAUUUUGUUGCCCCCCCCCCCCCCACCUCCCGAUUUCAUGUAUUUUUUCCUUAACCUCAAAACAUCCAGAUUUAGCUCAAUACAUACGCGUAUCACAAAUUCAGCAUUUAAAAUCAGUAUAUACAUUUUUUUUUAUACCUAGUGAGUGAUCACUUGACAGACAUGUUAAACUUGGGUUUCUAACAAAUAAAUCAGUGAAUAUAUAUAUAUAUAUAUUGUAAGGCAGUGUGUUGUGUGAGACAGCAGGGAGGGGGUUAAAACCUCCCUGAAGGAAAAAUGGUACCUUUUUGUAUUUAGUUAAUUAGUUUUGUUAAUUGUUUUAUUAUUAAUUAUCCCCUGCACCUGGUAGCUAUUGUAAAUUAGAGCCAGGUGCAGGGUAUUUAAGAGGAGCAGUCAGUCUGCUCAAGGCUGCUGAGUAGAGGGAGGCAGAAAGAGGUGCUCUGCUUCCGAGCAGUCAUAAAAGAGUAAGUGCUGUGUAAACCUGUGAGUUUGUGUUGGUGCCAGGUAAACGGCUUAGCCGUCCUGCAAGUUAGUCAGGGAAAUUACCUGUUUAGUUAGAGCUCGUACAGAGCUAGGUGUUUGUUUUGUAUUUUGUUUAUUUUGUGUUUAUUAAAAAUUAGCGCAACCGCGCUUUGGAAAACGCCAUUUCUCUGUCCUGGGUCGUAAUUUUAAAGGGGCAUG